AUGGCCAACUCGUCGGCGAUCUUCGACAACCCGUCCAUUUUGCUCAGUGCCUCGUACCCCAUGGGCUACACUGCAAACCUCACGUCCACCAUUUCGUCGUGCUAUGACAAGCUGGGCGUCUCGUACGUGGGCUGGCAGCAGUUCACGUCGGCACUGCGCUGCUACAUGAACACGUCGUGCCCGAUCACGGAGGAUGUGAGCUCGACCCGCAUGGUCUCGCUGCAGUCCAACUACGCGACGCAGAUGAUCCAGAUGCAGACGUACGAGAGCGUGACGCUCUGGUUUUCGGUCAAGGGCAUGACGGUGGGUGCUCUCUACAACGUCGGUGCCUAUGGCUAUGGAUACACGUCGCUCGAGUCGCAGCUUUGGUUUCUGAGCAACUUUUCCUCGUCCAUCUCGGCGUACUCGUACACGUCGUCCAUGUCGAACCUCUGGACGCUCGAGCUCACGUCGAAAACUUUGUGGGUUGUACCGUACGACCUCAAGUUCUUCCAAGCGUCAGCAAUCAGGCCACCGUCCAUGGACAUCUUCAUGCCCAACAACAUGUCAACGAUGUGCGACCAGUGCCGUGCGUUCUUGCACAAGUACUGCGGUCCGGAUCCGAGCUGUCAACAGCUCAUGACCAACUUCCAGCGCAACAUAAACCAAACGGUCCUCAACCUCAUCAACGCCGGCAACGGUAGCUCUGUCGAUGUCUCGGACAUCAUCGCGCGCAGCGUGCCGGCGGGAACACCGGCGCGUGCAGUGUCUGUCUUUGGGCUCUACCACUCGUGCCUCUCGUUGUAUCGGUGCCCGCUGGUCAAGAUGCCACCCGGUGCGCCGGUCGUGCCCAUCCUUGAUGCGAGCGAAGAAAUGCACAUGGUGAUGAUCUACAACACAUCAGCCAAGUUCAACCUGACGCUGACGUACCCGGCUCUCAACGCCGACUGCGUAUUUCGACUGCUUGAAUACGGUACCGUGCUACUUGACAUGUACUUUCCGCACUCGAUCCUGCCGCUGUCGCUACCAGACAUCGCCUCAAACCAAGCCAAUUAUACGUACCAGCAGACGGCGUCCCCAGUAAUCCAGCUCAUCCCUGCCAAUACCACGGUGCAGGACUCGAGCGUUGAGAUUGUCCAGAGCCCGGCGUGCAACCGCUGCCAACAGCACAUUGCAGCCUGCAACCUCAGCCCGUUCGGUUGCCACGCUGUGCAGUGGUGUGUGGAGAAUGGCAAAGCGACGCAGCAAAUGCGCAACGGGCCCUUCUCCCCCACGACCGCCGGGCUCUACGCUACGCGUAGUUUGAACGUCUCGUCAUGUCUGACAAAUGUGUCACUGGCGGCGGCGGCCCCAUACCUCGCUGCGUCGAGCUGCUAUGCGACCAACAAGUGUCCGGUGGGAGCGACGUUGAGUCAGAUUUUGGCCGAUCGGAGUCUCGUGACCGCAGUGACGCCCGGCUACCAGAAGAUUCUCGUCUCGGGAGAUGAGAAAUAUUUCGUCUCUGGAGGCAACUAUUUUCUGGCAACAGUGAGCCUCGAAUUCCGCCUCCUGGGCUCGUCGUCGUCCGUGCUCGCGGACCAGCUCCAAGCAAUGUUCAAAUCUUUUGGCACCGUCGAUGUCUCUUUUGGCACCGUCGAUCUCUGGACCUCUCAAGAAACCAACACGAUGUGGUACAUCCAGAUAUCGUACUACAACUACACCGGACCGCUGCCGACGAUCACGAUUGCCACGUCGGGGUUAUUGUCAGCGUCUCUUGUCAAUACACAGCACCCGUCGCAAUACUACGAGGUCGUGCCGCUCAGUGCCGUCAAGUUCGGGUUUCCAUACCAAGCCAACGGUGCGGCACCGACACCAGCCCCGAUGACUACGUCGCCGACGCCGCUGCCCAUGUACGGCUCUAUCGUGUUUCCAUCGGGGGGCCAAACGACCAACACGUCAAUGGUCAAUGCGACGGUGCCCAAUGCGAAAAUGACAAUGGCGCUGGUGACCAACGCGACGAUGUUCAUGGCCAACAACAUGACCUCCACAGCGUCGACCCCGUUGCGCGCAGCGUCCGUCUUGGGGCUGUACCUUUCGUGCCUCGCGCGAGAUUGGUGCCCACUGGUCAAGGUGCCUCCCGGUGCUUUCGACGCGCCCAUAAUCUUUCCCAGAGACGAAAUUCACGUCGUGACGAUCUACAACACGUCGGCCAGCUUCAACCUCUCGGUGACGUACCCAGCACUCGACGUGACACUGAACAUGAGCAGCUCCAUGUCGUCGGCCGAUAUCACCUACGCGCUGGCGUCGCAGUGGAACGUAUCGAUGCCGCCGACAGCGUCUCUCUCCUCGACGUGCACCCGCUGUAUGCAGCGUAUUUACGAUUGCAACUACAACCGGUUUGGGUGCGGGAAUGUGCUGCCCUGUGCGGACGCAGACAACGCGACGGAGCAAGUGCGCAAUGGGUCCUUCUCCGUCGCAUCCGCUGGGCUCUAUUCAACGUGGAGUAUCAACGUCUCGUCGUGUCUUGCGAAUGUGCCACUGGCGAGGGCGGCUACGUACCUCGUGAGGUCGAGCUGUCUGGCAGCCAACAUGUGUCCGAUGAACGCGACGUUGAGCCAGAUCUUGGCCGGUCGGAGUCUCGUGAUCUCGGUGACGCCCGGUGUGCACAUGAUUCUCGUCACAGGCCCCCUCACGGCCUUGGUGAGCGUCGACGUGCAUCUCCUCGGCACCCACCUUGGUCGUAUUGACUAUAUUUCGCUCUACUCGUCGCCGUCGCAGCUCUCGAGCCAGCUCCAAGCGGUCUUUGGCGCAUUGGGCACCGUCAACAUGGCGACAUUUCAAAAGGCCGACACGAUGUGGUACAUUCGGAUAGUGUACGCCGACUACGUCGGGCCCCUGCCAACGCUCUCGUUUGCCACCGCGGCGUCCGUGACGGCGUCCGUUAUCAGUGCAAAUUCGCCGUCGCAAAACUACCAGGUCGUGCCGCUCAGUGCCGUCAAGUUUGGUUUUCCGUACCAAGCCAACGGUGCGACACCGGCGUCGAUGACCAUGUCGCCGCUGCCCAUGUAUGGCUCCAUCGUGUUUCCAUCGGGGGGCCCAACGACCAACACGCCAAUGGUCAAUGCGACGAUGCCAAGUGCGCCGGUGAAAGUCAUGACCACAGUUUGCGAGCAGUGCAAAGCGUACUUGCAAGCCAACUGUCGCUGGGAUGCGGACUGCGCAACGCUGUCGACCAGCUUCCGGGCGGCCAUCAACGUCAACGUCUCGUCGCUGCUCUACGACGUCUCGCCCUCGUCGCCGAAGUCGAUUUCGUCGGUGCUCUUGGGAGCUCAAACGCCGUUUGCGACCACGUCGCUCAAGUCGAUGACGCCCUUUGCACUCUACUACUCGUGCAUGAGCCACUACCAAUGCACACUCAACACAACUAUGGUCAACGGGUCGCCCAAGAACGUGGUCCUCUCGACGACACCCGAAGUCCACGUCGUUUCCGUGAACAUGAUAGAGAGUGGGCGAAACGUGACCAUCUCGUACCCGACGCUCAACGCCUCGCUUAUCGUGACGAAGACAUCUACCGUUCUCGGCGCUUGGAAUGUCUCUUGGCAGUCGCCCUGGGCCGUCUCUCUGGACCCAGCUGUCGUGGUUACGUGCGUUAACUCGUGCUCCGUCAUGCAGACAAUAGUGACAUUCAAGAACCUUGCGAUUCCGGUGCCAUUACCAAACGCCACGACGGCGUUGUAUACGUGUACCGUAACGCGCGCCGGGCUCGGCAGCCAAACGUUGUCGUUGUUGCCGUCAACGACUGUCACCAACUCGGCCCUCGUGCUCAGCGAGAAAUGCAGUUUCUGCGUUUCGCAAUUUAGCAUCUGCGCCGCCAACGCAGAGUGCGCCAAAAUUCUGAGCUGCUGGCGCACAAACGCAUUGAUUGCGUCGACACUUGACGCUCUCCAAGCGUCGCCGACGCUGUCGUCUGUGAACGCGACGUCCAAUGCGACCAUCUGCUUUGGCAACCCACUCAAUGCGAACGCGUUUUACUUUGCCUUUCCGAUGAGCUGUCUGCUGAGGAACGCGUGCCCCGUCGCCGCCGACCUGAGCCUCACCGCGACCAUCGCGUCCAUCUUGGCCAACCGCAUGAUUGUACCGACGGCGACGACAGCGAUCCAAACGAUCUACUUGGACAGGACCUCUAGCGUGACUUUGACCCUCACGUCUUGGAACUCCCAGAACAACGAUGUCGCAGUGAGCUUUGCAACGCCAAUUGCAGAGGUCGCGGCAUUUGUACAAGCGGUGGUUAGUGGCAUGGGCCAAGUCAACGCUUCUUCUGUCGCCACAGGCCCGACGUCGUGGGCCCUCACGCUCACGUACACCAACUACAUUGCGCCGCUGCCGACCAUCACAGUCUAUGGUGGGACCGCAACGGUAUCGUCCGUGCCGGCGAGCUGGCUGUACAAAGUCGUGCCGUUCAACGUCACCGCGUUUGGUUUCCCGUACAAGACCAACAAUGUGAUGUUGCCGACCUCGGCGCUCAGCACCAAGUGCCAAGCCUGCGCGUCCCUCGCAGCCCAGUGCGCCAUGUCGACGCCAUGCGCGUCGAUCGUCUCGUGCGUCGGGAAUCAAACGACCGGCAACUUUACGACGGCGCUGGCGACCGGCGCGAUGCAGACGCCGAUCGAGUACACGUCGGCGGUCGCGACCUGCACGGCCAACGUCGCACACACUGCGUGGUACAUGUAUGCGCAGGUGAUGGCGUGCAACGAGGUCAACGCGUGUCCGCUGCUGUCGACGACGGCGUCGGUCGCGGCGGGGCGCAUGCUCACACGGUACUCGUACACUGCGACGCAAAAGAUCCAAGUCAACGCGAUCGCCAAUGUCAAUAUCAACGUCAAGUUUGCGAUCGGGUCGACGUUUGUCGGCGCGCUCCUCAACGUCACGUCGGCCAACUCGACAUCCAACUUGACGGCCCAAGUGCAGACGAUCUUUGCCGGUAUCGCGACCGUCACGGCCAUGACGUGGAGCGACGCGGCAGCGUGGUACCUCGGCUUGACGUACGCCAACUACUAUGGCCCGCCCCUGGCGCUCACGAUCUACGGCUCGCACAAUGCGACGAUGACGCUCGACCAAGGAUCCCGCCAGUUUGUGACCGUUGUGCCCUACAACGCAUUGUCGUACGCCCCGUACUAGAGUUGCCACACU